AUGUCCCGUUUGAAUUCUGUGAUCUCGAACGGUGAAGAUAUUGACGAACUUUUCUCAAACUCCACUGUUCAGCCAAAUAUAAAGAUAGACCCAGUGAAAGCAUUACCGGUAUCUAAUUUGUCUAGAAAGAAAGCAGAAGUCCAUUUGUAUAAGAAGGAAUGCAUUAAAAUAUGGAAUAGAGAGAAGAAGAGGCUUGGGUAUCGACCAUGGAAUGGUGACGAAACUUGGGACAAAUACUCGUACGAAGUCUUGGUCCCUCUCAAAGAGGCAUUGUUGAAGGAGAGCGACCAAAUUAUUUACGCGGCGAGAGCUAUGACCAAUGGUGAAUUCAAACAACUAUUGUAUCUGGAGUACCCAUGGGUACAGGCCUUAGAGAAAAGUGUGAAACCACAUAGUCGAACGAAUAGGCCUGUAGAUAUCAGUGAUUGGUCUCUCAAGGCUCCGACGUUCGACGAAGCAAAAUGCCAGAUAGCAGGAUUGUGCUGCGAAGCAAAAGCGAUUGGGGUGCCGAUUAACUCCCCAGAAGGACGCAAAAGGUACAAGGGACUUCGCUGCAAAUACUGCAUCGCUUCUCGAUCUAGGGAUUGGGAUGCAGGAAUGCAAUGUUGGAAUAACUCCUCGUCGAGACGAGUGCCACACACACCUUCCACCAAAUGGAAACGUGAGAAGGAAGAGAAAGCAGGAGAGGAAGAGACACGUACCAACCAAAGAUUGCGUGGUCCUGAAUUUCUCCGUGACGAUGAUUCUGGCGAACUACCACUUUCCGCUUCACAAGAGAGUACUUUGACAAUACAUAAUCGAAUCCCAGCCUCUGUCUCCAUAAUCGACCAAUUACUGGAUGAUAUCAAAGGAGGUUACCAUUCUCUUGCCGAGGAGAUGCAAGCCGAACGUACAAGGCUCGCUGCAGAGGUCGAAUCAAUGAAAAGACAACUGUCGGAUUCGAAUGAUGAAAUGAAGACGAUCAAACGAGAGCUUGCGGAAAGCAGGAGAUCGGAAGUAGAGGCUAGAGAGGACUGUCGAAUAAUGGAGAAGAGACUUUCGAUGAUGAAAAAAAUGGCUGAUAAAGCGGAAACGGCGCUUGCGAGUUAG